AUGAAGCAAAGAUUCUCUUCGUUGGAUGUGAAAAUCAUUGCACAUGAGCUCCAGGAGCGCCUGGUGACUCUUCGACUCUCCAAUGUAUACGACCUUUCCUCCAAAAUUCUUCUCCUCAAGUUUGCGAAACCCGACAAUAAGAAGCAGCUUGUUAUUGACACUGGAUUCCGUUGUCAUCUGACAAAGUUCGCACGCACAACCGCUGCGGCCCCCUCCAUAUUCGUUGCGCGCCUCCGGAAGUUUCUCAAGACCAGACGGUUGACGGCAGUUAGGCAAGUAGGCACCGAUAGAGUCCUCGAAUUUGAGUUCAGCGAUGGUCAAUAUCGCAUGUUCUUAGAGUUCUUUGCUAGCGGUAACAUCAUCCUCACAGAUGCCGAUUUAAACAUCCUUGCCCUCGCGAGAACCGUAUCCGAAGGCGAAGGGCAGGAGCCGCAGCGAGUUGGACUGCAAUACUCUCUUGAAAACAGACAGAACUAUGGCGGAAUUCCUCCCUUAACCAAAGAGAGAGUGCAAAAUGCCCUCAAGGCCGCUGUGGAAAAGGCGGCUGUCGAUGCGACGUCAUCAAAGAAGCAAAAGGGCAAGCCUGGCGGUGAUUUGAGAAAGAGUCUGGCAGUGUCUAUCACAGAGUUGCCUCCCGUGCUUGUGGAUCACUGGCUGCACACAAACAACUUUGAUACCACAGUUAAACCUGAUGAAGUCCUAGCUAACGAAACUCUAUUGGAUGAGUUGGUCAAGUCACUUCAGGAAGCUCGUAAAAUCGUGGAAGAGCUUACAAGCUCAGAAAUAUGCACUGGCUAUAUAUUUGCUAAACGCCGAGAGAGGCCAGAAGGAACCGAAGGAAACGAAGAGGCAAAGACAAAGCGCGAUAACCUACUAUACGACGACUUUCAUCCUUUCAUCCCAUACAAAUUGAAGAAUGAUCCCGCGAUUGAGGUUCUCGAGUUCCAAGGCUACAACGAAACAGUCGAUGAGUUCUUCUCGUCUUUGGAAGGUCAAAGACUCGAGUCCAAGCUGACUGAGCGCGAGGCAGCAGCAAAACGAAAAUUGGAAGCUGCGAAGAACGAACAAAACAAACGGAUCGAGGGGCUUCAAGAAGCACAGACUCUCAACUUCCGCAAAGCUGCCGCCAUUGAAGCGAAUGUCGAACGUGUUCAGGAAGCUAUGGAUGCCGUCAACGGACUACUCAAUCAAGGAAUGGACUGGGUGGAUGUUGGAAAGUUGGUUGAACGCGAGAAGAAGCGCCACAAUCCUGUUGCCGAGAUCAUCAAGUUACCUCUGAACCUUGCCGAGAAUCUCAUCACCCUCGAGCUGGCAGAGGAAGAGUUUGAACCGGAAGAAGAUGACCCUUAUGAAACCGACGACGACGACAGCGCACUAGACGAUGAUGAAGGCACAUCAGCUGUCAAAGGAAAGCAGACUAAUAAGGCGCUUAACGUAGAGAUCAAUCUUGGCCUCAGCCCCUGGAGUAAUGCUCGAGAGUAUUUCGAUCAGAGAAAAACGGCGGCCGUCAAGGAAGAGAAAACUCAGCAACAAGCAUCCAGGGCGUUGAAAAAUGCGGAGCAAAAGAUCACCGAUGAUCUUAAAAAGGGGUUGAAACAAGAGAAGGCUCUGCUCCAACCCAUUCGUAAGCAGAUGUGGUUCGAGAAGUUCACUUGGUUCAUCUCAUCCGACGGUUAUCUUGUAAUCGGAGGCAAAGAUGCUCAGCAGAACGAAACCAUAUACAAGAAAUAUCUUCGAAAAGGCGACAUUUACUGCCAUGCUGAUCUGCAUGGAGCAUCUAGCGUCAUCAUCAAGAACAACCCCAAAACUCCGGAUGCACCAAUCCCUCCCGCAACGCUUUCCCAGGCGGGAUCACUCGCUGUGUGCUCAUCAAAUGCUUGGGAUUCCAAAGCUGGCAUGCCUGCGUGGUGGGUUAACGCUGAUCAAGUCUCCAAAUCUGCCCCAACAGGAGAGUUUCUGCAAGCCGGAAGUUUCAUGAUUCGUGGAAAGAAGAACUUUUUGCCUCCGGCUCAACUUCUCCUUGGACUGGGUCUUGCUUUUAGAAUCAGCGAAGAGAGCAAAGCCAAGCAUGUCAAGCACCGCUUACACGAUGUUGAUUCCGCAAUCGGCGAUGAAGGCUCUGGUGCUCCCCAAUCAGCAGGAAUGAUGGGUGAUGCUGACGAGCCUGAUGCAGGACAUUCCGACGUGCCCUCUGAUUAUGAAUCCGAAGAUGAGAAACAUGAUGAAGAGUCUCGUGAUAAUCCUCUUCAAGCGUUUAAGAAAAGCGAAGGUCGUGAUGACGAAGUUGAAGAAGCCGAGGAAUGUGUUUCGGAGCUUAGGAUCUCGGAUGAAGCAAGCAACAAGGCCCCGAACCAAGGAGUAGCCGAGGCCGAUGAGAAAGAAGGAGAGGACGAUCAAACCGAGGAAAACGGAGCUGAUGAAGGUGAAGCCGAUGACAGAGAUGAACCCGCUAAAUCAGAGAAGGGGACCGCCAGCAAGCCUUCAGAGACAGGCUCGCAAAACAACAUGCCAAACUCCUCUAAGAAGCACCCCCCUAAGCGAGGUCAACGAAGCAAAGCUAAGAAGAUUGCUGCAAAGUAUAAGCACCAAGACGAUGAGGACCGAGCCGCUGCCGAAGCCUUGAUUGGAGCUACCAUUGGACAAAAGAAAGCUGAGGCUGAGGCAAAGGCUAAAGCAGAUCGCGAGGCUGAACUCGCGGCAGCUAAAGAGCGACGUCGUGCACAGCACCAGCGGCAACAAAAGGAAACAGCUGAACACGAGGAGAUCCGACGCGUCAUGAUGGAGGAAGGUGUUGAGAUACUUGAUGAAGACGAGGCCAGUCAGAUGACAGUGCUCGAUGCUAUUGUUGGCACACCUCUUCCCGGUGACGAGAUCCUUGAGAUUAUCCCAGUUUGCGCUCCAUGGAACGCCCUCGGACGCUACAAGUACAAAGCCAAGCUGCAACCUGGUGCGACCAAGAAGGGUAAAGCAGUCAAGGAGGUUCUCGAGCGUUGGAAGGCGGCUUCUACCAAGAAAGGUGUUGUGGACGAAAAUGCUCGGGAUAAGGAUCGAAUGUGGCCGCGCGAGGUUGAGCUGAUCAAGGCACUUAAGCCUGAAGAGACCUUCAACGUCGUGCCUGUUGGCAAGGUGAGGGUUAUGAUGGCCGGCGGAAGCAGUGGAAGCGGCGGCAGUGGCGGUAAGAAAGGUGCUGGCGGGAAGGGCAAAAGGGGAGGCAGAGGAUCCAAGAAAUAA